AAGGAGCAGCCAUGGAGGAUGACAGCAGGAAGGACCUGGAGCUCGGCGCAGUGACAGUGGAGCUGAAGCCCCGGGUGAAGUCGGGGGGCUCUGGGGGGGACUCGGUGCCCCGCGCCCCCAGUCUGGAGGAGGUGGCUGCUCUGCCCCCCCUGCUCCAGGGCCAGGGGCUGAGGGCGGCCGGGAAAAGGAGGAAAAAGCUGCAAAAAAGAGCAGAGAAAAUCGCCACGAAGCUCUCGGAGACGCUGGAGGCGGCCAUGCAGUUCUGAGGCACCUGAACCACAGACUUAGAGCUUUUUAUUUUUAUUUAAGUGAGAAAUGGUUAAAAAAAGCCCUUUUUGAAAUAAAAGGACUGCUG